AACCAAAAGAAGAAGAAGAAGAACAGACAGACAGACGUCACUUCCGUUUCUAGGAAAAUGGCGGAUCAUCCAGAUCGCGGAGUUCCUCUAAGUACUCUUUCGCCUAAGUUUCUUCAUACGAAUUCUACCAGCCAUACCUGGCCCUUCAGUGCCAUCGCCGAGCUCAUAGACAAUGCCUGCGAUCCAGAUGUCCAGGCCAAACAGUUCUGGAUCGAUAAGACCGUCAUCAAAGGACACGAAUGCCUCAGUUUUAUGGAUAAUGGAAACGGUCUGGACCAUGAGGCCAUGCAUAAAAUGCUCAGCUUUGGUUACAGCGACAAAGUGGCUGUGAAUGGCAUUGAGCCCAUUGGAAUGUACGGCAAUGGUUUCAAAUCUGGAUCCAUGCGUCUUGGGAAAGACGCCAUCGUUUUUUCCAAGUCCAAGGAUACCUCGUGUGUCGGGAUGCUCUCUCAAACAUACCUGGAACAGAUUAACGCCCAACAGAUCAUUGUGCCUAUUGCCUGCUUUGAGCAUACAGGCCAGAAAACCAUGCAUGUAAGAGAGGAGCACAAAGCCAGUCUGCAGGACAUCUUGCGCUACUCUCCUUUCAAGAUGGAGUCAGACCUGCUGUUGGAGAUCAGCGCCAUUAGCUCCACCUGGUCCGACGUGACCACCGGCACACGCAUCAUCAUCUGGAACCUCCGCAGGACAUCCACUGGCACAUUAGAAUUUGAUUUUCAGAAAGAUCGUUACGAUAUCCAAAUUCCAUCCGACGUCUACGAAGCGUUGAACCAGCCUUUUGAGAGAAUCCCAUCACACAUACCCGAGAGUGUAUACUCGCUUAGGGCAUACUGCAGUAUUCUGUACCUGAAGCCUCGCAUGCAAGUCGUCAUACGAGGUCAGAAGGUGAAAACCCAACUGAUUGCCAAGAGUCUGGCUAAGAGUGAAACGGACCGCUACAAGCCCAAUUUCCUUAACAAACGAGUGCCCAUUAUUUUUGGCUACAACACCAAAAGCAAAGACCAUUAUGGCAUCAUGAUGUAUCACAAGAAUCGUCUCAUCAAAGCCUAUGAGCGUAUAGGCUGCCAGCUCAAGCCCAACAACAAAGGUGUCGGGGUUAUCGGUGUCAUAGAGUGCAACUUUCUAGACCCUACGCACAACAAACAAAGCUUCAUUGAGAAUGACAAGUACAGGAAAACUAUGAACAGUUUGGCAUCCAAACUAGAUGAUUACUGUAAUCAAAUCUGCUACAAAAUGGAAACGGACAUGCCAGGCAGCAGCGUGGAAGAUAUCUGUAAGCGUCCAGAUCAGACCUGGGUGCAGUGUGACAGUUGCCAGAAAUGGCGCAAACUUCCUGACGGAAUCGACUGCAGCAGGCUGCCCGACAAUUGGUUCUGUCACAUGAAUCCCGAGCCUCAGUUCAGGAACUGCGAGGUUCUGGAGGAGCCAGAAGACUCAGAUGAUGACCAGCCGUCAUAUCGAAAAACCUACAAGCAAAAAGCAAAGGAGAACAAACAGAGAAAACAGAUGGCUGGCCAUUCCUUGUCUACUCCCUCUCCUUCAGGAAGUACUUUUAAAGGCGUGACGCAAAAAGAGCCUAGGAUUGCCCCACCGAUGACCACCGUCCUUUCACCAUCUGCUUGCAGCCCUUCUGGUAGCAGUGGUCUUCCUCGUAUUUCAAGCGUGUGCUCCCUGUCGACACCUCCCACAAGGGGAAAAAGAGGGAACUCCACUGAGCCACAAACUACUCCAAAAAGGCAAAGAGUAAGUGCUUUGGUCGAUGUGAGCCCACUCAGCCCUGCUGCAGGUCCCUCAGGUGGCAAUGAGUCUUUCAGUACCCCCAAGCCCAAAACAUUGCGUUUUGAUUCAAGUAACUUGAAGACCAAGAUAGGGCAAAGUGAAGCUCAUGUCAGCAAUGAAUUGAACGCCGCAGGAAGCGCUUGCUCCACUGCGCCAUCUCCCCGCGUUAUGCACUCUGUCACCCAGACAGAUUCACCAAAAGAAAUGGUGAAAAAUGAGAACAUGGAGGAAAUUCACCAAACAGAAGGUGGGGUCAACGAGUGCAGCAUUCAGCAAAAAAGCAAUGGAGAGACUCAUAGAAGUAACUCCAGUCAGAUGGGACAAAAUAUAUACUCUAUCGACAGCGAUGACGAUGUAAUCUUUCAGUCCUUUCAUUGGCGUUUGGAUGCACCUGAUGUGAAGCGUGAGGAACAUCCAGAGGUUGAUGUGAAUUCCUACCAAUCAAGCCAGACGGGGCUGCCAAAGGACUACAAAAGCUUGUUUGAAAAGGCCAGACAAAACAUUAAUCAGCUCAUAAGCGACAGAGCUGAUUUACUGAAAGCUGCCGAGACCAAACCCAGCACUGCCGCAGGCGAGGAGGAGGUGGACGACAUCACUCGGCAAGUUGAAUCUCUUGUCCGGAAGCUGGAUGAAAGAACCAGGGAGAGGGAUCAACUGCGCUCACAGUUCGCUCUCCCAGCGCCACCCCUGCCCCAAGGCAAAUCAGCCCCCAAGCCUGUGCUGCUCUCCCCACCACGCAGCAGCAGUCCAGCCUGCCGAAACCCACCUUGGACAGUGGACCUCUCGGCACAAACAAAAUGACAGCUCUGAAGCACACAAGAUGCUGUGAGACCACAACGCCAUGACACCACAAAUUAGCCGCAUCACUGUGUAAGCUGCAGGGUUCGACGCAUGAGGAAAAAAAGUUGCAGUUUACACACCGGAUAUUAUGGUACCAUGUUCGGUUAAAACUAACUCUGGUGUGUUUGCUCAGAUAGUUUGGUUAAUUUGGUCUGGUGUGAACACGAUCAUUCGAACCCUGGUGUGCACCAAACAAGUGGGCUGAGACUGCUUGAGAGAUGGGUCUCGGACCACUUGAAAAUGAAUCCACUUGAGCUAAAAUGCGAACGCUACAUGGACCAGUGUUGCAGUGACAAAAUGAUUGCAGAAAUGACAAAUACAGCAAUCCCUCAUUUAUCAUGGUUAAUUUGUUCCAGACCUCGCUAUGGUAAGUGAAUAGGAUUCAAUGUUUAUAAAUGGAAUAUCUUUGGAGUUCUAGUAUAGAAAACCUGUUUAGGACCUUCUAAAUAUGAUGAACAUUAUUGGAGCCCUCUAGAAAUGAAAUAACACCCCUAUAGUCACCUUUACACUUGUACAGUAUUACCCAGUAUAGAAAAUAAGAUCUAAUAUAGACAUUGAGAGAGUUCCUUGUUGUUCUUUUACUUCCUGUUUGUGUAUAGUACUUCCUGCGGUGGCAAUGUACCAUUACCAACAUAUCAAAAAUAAGACUUUCACUGCGUUUUCUGAAUACCUUUUUAUAUUUUAGUUCAUUUAGCCAUUUUUAUGCCCAAAAAUGUUUUAAUUUAGGCCAAAAAUAAGUACAAUUUGCUUGCAUGUGCAUACUUUUCUAACAAAUAAUAGACUUUAUUUAGCCACAAAACAGCGAUUUAUUAAUUAAUUUAUUUUCAAAAACAGUGAGUGAAGACACAAAGUGCUAUCUGGCAAGCGACGACUAUAUAGAAAAAGUGUUUUGGUAGUGCUCUCUCCUAUGUAUGACAAUGGCUCUCUUUAUAGUUUGGAAGAUUUUUUUGUGAAAUCUUAGAUGGUAAUUAUAGCAGAAUAUAAAAUUAAGCCACAUAUUAAUCCCAGCAAACGGCAUUUUGGUUUGGAACACUUGAGUAAGGUUGCAUAAUAUGCCACAAAGACUGCCCAAUCAAGCCCAUACUUUAUGCAUAAGGCCUUUACUGUGCUUUACUGUGCAGCCUUUGGUCCCAUGACAAAAAUAUCAGUGUGCAGGAUAAACAAACUGCACCAAAGUGCACGCCAAGUAUCUUUUGAAUGUUUUUUGGUCCGUACCAGAGUACCAAACCACAAGUGUGAAUGCAGCCUGAAGACUGAAUCAACAGCACCUCUGCUGUUUGCAGCCAAGUUGUGUGCUCCAUCAUGCCUAAUUUUCUCAAUUCCAGCCAGUAGACCAAAUUCUUCAUUAGCAACCAGAUCUUGAUCCCUGUGUUUCCUUUUUUGUUGUUGUUGGUCUGUGGUGUCUUACCCC